GAAGAAGCAGCAGGACUGGCGCUAAGAUGACGGACCAAGAAAGUACGGUACAAAGCCAGUUAGCGGAUAUUCUAAACACGGCAAACAGUCUGGUGUCGAUGUUGAACAGAAGGUUAAGUUCUCCAGGGACGGUCAGGCCAGUUAGACAGGAAAAUGCAAGACAGUCUGUUGAGGGACAGACAACCCAAAUGAGGACAGCUUCACAGUCAGGACAACUAAUAAGAUGUCCUCAGGGUAGUGGCUCUGGACAGUCAGUGCAUCAAGAAAUGGCGAGGUCUUUUCCUGGACUUUUUUGCAGAGAGGCAAAAGACGUUUCGCACCCUAUGCACGACUACAAAAAGGUUUUCUGGUUAACUUUUUCUUACUUGAUAGACAGCGUUCAAAAACACCCAAAGGAGAUGAAGAGCUGCAGCUCAUAUUGGCUGGUCUUGGGAAAAAGUCUCUCACAGUAAACGAAAGCUUCACACAUUCCGAGAAAUGAUUGCCGAGAUCGAAAAGAAACUAUUUGUGGGCAGUGCUGACAAGAAAGGCGAAAAUCCUCUGUACUGUCUGAACAGCCUGGAUAAGUUAUUUCAGGACUGCAGGACAAGUAAUGGCAGUUAGUAUUGAACAAAGUGGACCGCUCCCAAAUUUCAUGCGUGAAUGGUGCUACAAAUACCUGUGCUCUGGUGAUUCAGACAGCAUACAGGUGUCAAGUAAUGAUGUCACAGACUCAGAGCUGUUGCACCUUAUUACAGAGGUAAACAGGGCAACUGAUGAGAACAUUAAUGACCUUAUUGAUGACAUUGUAGGCUGUGGUUAUACUGGAAAAGUGUCUGUGGACAAAAAAGACCUUAUUACCAGGGCUGUUGUCCUGCACUCAACAAUGAGACUUGUACCGAUGCUUGAGCAGCUAAGAAAAGGUCUGCGGCUGUACGGCCUCCUUGAGGUGAUGAAGACGCACCCAGGCCUUUGUCUGCCUCUGUUUGUUCCAGGGGAAGAUGACAGAGUGGAUGCAGCAUUUGUCCUGGAAAGGUGCAAACCCGUAUUCAGUGAGAAGGGUUCUGUGAAAUACAGCAGAGAAAUAAACAUCAUGAACUUUUUUCAAGACUUUCUACAAGAUAUUGAGGACUGUGAACAAGAUGGCCAGUGUGAUGAAGAAAGCGAUGAUCCACAGCAGCUGACUGUUGGGAAAGUCAUGCAGUGGAUGAUAGGACAGGCGCACAAACCUGUACUGCCAAGUGAGAAGAAGGAUUUCUUUAUAAAUGUGAAAUUCUACCAUGACUGUGACACACAUCAUACUAUCUGUUUUCCUAUUGUUAGUGCAUGUAGCCGCACCAUUACAUUUCCAGUUGCUCAUCUGACAACCCUGAUCGAGUUCAAAGAAAAUAUGGUAACAUCCUUAACUCAUGAGCAGUCCUUUAAUAGGGCCUGAGACCUUACCUCUUAAAUCUUUAGAGCACAUGCAGCAAUUUU